CGGAUCAAGCAGCAUGCUUAAUGUUAUCAGAAGUCCACUACACAGCUCUAAUCUUUCUUUUCAAUAUGAAGAGGUGGACCACUUUCCAAACAGGUCACGAACUAAAGAAGAUAGGCUUUGCAGCUGUUUUAUCCAGAAAAAUCUUAAAGUAGCAAAAGAAAAAGAACGGAUCAAACAAUUUAGUAUAUGGUUCGCAGAAGUGGACAAAUUCAAACAGGAAGAAUACAUCAAACGCCGUCGAAAGUGGAGAAAGGAAAGACAGCAUCGAGCACGACAAUUUUGGAAAAUACGCACUCUCUUAAUUCCAAUGACACUGCUUCUCUGCGCGGGUAGUUUUCUGUUGUUGGCUUGUCACUUGGAAUUUCUAGAUCUGGGAGACUGGUUCAGAGAAAAGAAGUCAGAGCUGACAAUAGUUGGAAGUGUAAGCGUGGGAAUAGCUUUUCUUAUAUUUAUGUUUGAACAGGGACUUCUUAGUCAUUACGGAGAAAAAACGCAACUCAAACGUUUUACUAGGUUCGAAAAGGUUAAAAGUGAUAUAUCCGUUCUUCCAAAGACUACCAUUGGGAAGUCAACGGAUGAAAUAUUACCGAAAUCUAUAUCAAACUUGCCUCCUACUUUUGCCAAACAAGAAAAACCCUCAUCAAACUUUGACUCAAUAGACUCAGAGGAAACGCCCGAAGGUUUGGACGAAGAGGGUCCUUUACUCAGUAAAUUUCAAUCUCAAUCGAAGAAACGUCCGCCUACAAUGUCAGAAAUAGCCCAGACAAAGAAGGUUAUACAGAGACUGGAGUCGGUAGACACUGCAGUAUCUGCUCUUACCGAGUUUACUCUACUCAGCAGUACCGACUCGUCUUAGAGAAUUCCCCUGCUUUUCCAUGACGGGAACGGAGGAGGUGGGGAAGAGGAUAAAUUGGCAUAUAUGCAAGAUUAAAGACAAGACGGAUAUAUCCACAUAUCCCAGUAGUCUGGCACUGGGGCCUUUUUUACUUUG